UGUCAUUCAUUUCUUCAUCACACCGUGUGGCAAAUUAUAUUAAACAUAAACAUUAUGAAGGUGCAUCAAUUCACACGUGGAUUUUGGGAGCAUGAACCUUCCCUCACACUUGGUUGCAAGCGUUUACGUCCUCUUGCACCUAAAAUUUCUUCUAAUAACACCGAUAAUUCUACUACUAACACCCCUUCUCUUUCUUUUGAUCUCAAGAGUUUCAUUAGACCCGAAACUGCUCCCAGAAUUAGUCUUUCUUCCUCUGAUGAUAACAAGAAAGAUCCACCUUCACCACAAAGCCAGGUUGAAACGCAUAUUCCAGGAGGGACAAGAUGGAAUCCAACACAAGAACAAAUAGGAAUAUUGGAGAUGUUAUACAGAGGUGGAAUGAGAACUCCAAAUGCACAACAAAUAGAACAGAUUACAGUUCAACUUAGCAAGUACGGUAAAAUUGAAGGGAAAAAUGUGUUCUAUUGGUUCCAAAACCACAAAGCACGCGAGAGACAAAAGCAGAAACGUAACAGUCUUGGCCUUCCUCAUAGUCCUCGAACUCCCACCACCACACUUGUGUCUAUGUCCCCCACCUUUAGUACUAUUACAACUUUGGACACCCCAAAAAGGGUGCAAGUAAUGGAAAGAGAUCAAGAAGAUAGCCCAUUGAAGAAGAGUAGGAGUUGGCCAUUUGAGUAUUUGGAAGAGAAAAAUUGGUCAAUGUGCAAAGUAGAGGAACAUAAAACUCUAGAGCUUUUCCCAUUACACCCAGAAGGCAGAUGAAGGAGUUUGAUCUAUAACAAUUUUUAGCUUUUUCUUUCCAAAAUGUGCUUUAAUUUGCUUUAGUAAUUUCUUCUUUCAUUUACAUUGGGAAAGAAGAAAGACAAAGAUGUUGUCACUACUGUAUCUUUGUACUCUUUUCACGUAAUGUUAUAAUUCCAUGACUUUGGAGCCAAAUUAACCAAACUUAUUUGUCA